AUGCGUUACACAACCAUCACUCUCCUUGUUAUUGGUCUUCUCACAGGCAAUGCCUUGACUGCACCUGCUCCUCAAUUCGGUGGCGGCGGCGGCGGCAACAGAGGUCAGAACGCCGGCCAAAACGGAGCCGGCAACAACGCCGGCAACAACAAUGCCAAUGCCGGCAACGCCAACGCCGGCCAGAACAACAAUAACAACAACCAGGACAACGCCGCUGCGGACGAUGCCGCGGCUGAUGCCAACAAUGGCAACGCGAACAACAAUAACAACAAUCAGAACAACCAGAACAAUGGCAACAACAACAACAAUAACAACCAGGACAACGCAAAUGACAAUGCGAACGCCGACGACAACGCCGAUCAAGCAGCGGACGCCGACGCGGCGGCCGACUUUGUUGGCCUGGCUUGCACCGAUGGAACUGGUGCUGGCGCUUGCCAAGCAGACGGCCAGUGCGAUGUCAAUGGCGACGUCAAGGUUGUCGCGGGUCAGUGUGGCCAGGCCGCUGCCGAUGCCUAA